CAAUAGAAAUGAAACUUAUGCUGAUGUCAUCAUACCAUGGGGAGGUGAUAACCAUGUUGCAAUUGAUUUAAUUGUGCAACAUAUCCAGACAAAGCUUGGUCAACGUGACUUCUGCAAAAUUUAUCCCAAUGUAUAUGUUAUUGAAUCGACAUUCCAGAUACGAGGAAUGCAUACACUUAUUAGCCAUUGGGAGAUAACAACACCCGACUUUGUCUUCUAUUUAGAUCAGUUGAUUCAGCUGAAUAAUGGUGUGCUAAGCUAUGGAGCAUGGUCUUGGUCAUCUGCCAUUCGCAGAGAAGCAGUGGUCACUCCAACAGGUACAUUAUAUAAGAGUCUCACUCUUUUUUUUAAAAACUAUAAAAUAUUCCGUGAAGCUAUUACUCGUGAGAUGGUGAAUCUUUUAGAAAACAGCAAAGUUCAUUGCAUCUGUCACUUGCAUAUUCUCAUUUAAUCUGAAAUAUCAUUUGUUGAGGAAAUUCUACUAUGAGCUCGACAUCAUGAAUCUUGUUUGUACAAAUGAUUAGCAAUCCAUCGGCACAUAUGUAGCAAUUGGACUGAUUGUAAGCUCCAACCUCUUAGUUAGGUGGUCGCCGAAUCUGAACCAUACAAUACUUGCGAAAGUAGAAAUGUGAAGAGGUGAAGAAAUGGAUAUUGUGGAUAUGACAAGAUUAUUUCUUGGCUUGCAAACCCUUUCCCAGUUUACAAAUUAAAGACUCCUCUGAAACCCUAAAUUCAUGUAAAAAAUGUCUAGGCUAAAUAUUAGAUGUCAGACAAGCUGUUGACAUAUAUACAGAACAAUAUGUUUUAAGAACCAUUUCCUUGCAGAAAACAAAAGUUUAGCACAUACGCAACAAGUUCUUAGUAAGGCCCUCUAAAACAGGUCCCAAAAUUUUUCUGCCAAAGCAUGACAAGGCCAAAUAACUUUGUUCAACUUCACAAACGUCCAAAGCCCAGUUCUAAUUUCUUGCUGAAUCAAAGAUGAGAAUAUCAUUCAGUCUGUCUACAUUGAUAAUGGAACCCAUUGUUCACCGGUGGCUUGUUUCAGAAUAAGGCAAUAAGGCAGUAUUUCUUUCUAGGACAGAAAUGGACUAGGACUUCUUGACUAGCUAUGAUCAUAGAUUUCCUUGGCAGAGGUUUCCAUUGACCCCUCUUCAUAUGAUGUCAAUUUGCAUUUGUAAGCCUAACAAAUUCGGCAAUUUUGUCAUUUGAAACUUCAAAUCGUGCAAGCUAUUGAAGAUCGAAUUUAGUAAUAUGUGCCCAUCUAUGUUACCUAGACACUUCAUUUUUAAACUGUUUGGAAGUGUCAACACUUUUGUACAUUUGGACAUGGCACGACAUGACAUGACAUGGCUGGACACUCCUAUUGGAAGUGUCCUGUUGAUGUCAACAAGAAAUGUCCUACACUUGGCACUUUUAUUUGAAGGGACUGUUAAUGUUAUGUGUUGGACACUUGAAGUGAAGUGACCUAAGAUAUUGUGGGGCAUUUGGAGCAAACUAUUGUUGUUUUUUUUAAUUUAAAGUUAUUAGAAUGAUAUGAAACUUUAAGCAAAAUGUAUUUAUUUUUUAAAAAGGAAUUAUCGCAGUUAGGUAUCAAUUAAAGUGUCUUAGACAUCAUAAAUAGCUUUAAAUACAUCUAGCAAAUAAAUUAAACAACUUGCAAACUAUGAAUUCCAAUUAAAACACCAAAA